AUGGCGCGGUUCGAUCUGCUUUCGGUGCUCGCGAUCGCACUGACCACCAUUAGCCUAUUAGCACCGAGCUGCCAUGGCCAAGACAUUCUCGGCUCGUACUUUCGGUGCCGCAACGAGUUCGACAUCGAGCCGAGCGUGUUCGAUGCCCUGCGUGCGGGCAACUUUUCCGUGCGCAACUCGUUCGUCGAGUGCUUCGGAGAGUGCUUCGUCAAACGGGCCGGGUUCAUGAAUGACGACUUCACCUUCAACCGUGACACGAUCACGCGCUUCACCAACCGCUUCGUGUCGAAGGAAAACUCCGAGCUGGUGUACGAGCGGUGCACGGCGGACGUCACGCCGACCUUCUGCGUGACCGCGUUCGAUGUGUAUCAGUGCAUCUACGAGCAUAUCUACGAGAAGUGGAACACCAGGAAGUAG